CGUUGCGUGAAGAAAACGUCAUUACCCAGAAUUCCUCCGCACCGCUCCGCGCAGAGUUCGUGGCGAGAUGCGAGAUCGGGUGUCCUCUUGUCCAAAAGAGUUCGCAGUUUUACUGACUUCACGCUAAAAGGAGACACGCGACAUCAAAACUGGCCCCUCCGCUGCCCGUCACCAUGCCCGCACUGCUGGAGAGACCCAAGCUGUCCAACGCGAUGGCCCGAGCGCUCCACAAGCACAUCAUGAGGGAGCGAGAGCGCAAGAGACAAGAGGAGGAGGAGGUGGACAAGAUGAUGGAGCAGAAGAUGAAGGAGGAGGAGGAGAGGAAGAGGACCAAAGAGAUCGAGGAGCGCAUGUCCUUGGAGGAAACCAAGGAACAGGUGAUGAAGAUGGGUGAAAAGCUUCAAGGGCUCCAAGAGGAGAAGCAUCAGCUCUUCUUGCAACUCAAGAAAGUUCUCCACGAGGAGGAGAAAAGACGGCGGAAGGAGCAGAGCGACAUCACCACCCUGACGUCCGCCGGCUACCAGGCCAGUCUUCCCAUGCACACGGGCCAGCACCUCUUGAGCAUUCAGGGCAGCCCCGUCGCUCACAACCGACCCGGCCCCCUCCUCGGAGAUCGCAGCAAGCAGCUUUUCCAGAGCGCCGUCCUUCCCACGCGCCACUACCAGACGCCGGCGUUCACUUCGGCUGCGGCGGAGCACGGCCAGUUCGGCGGGGCGCAGGCGGUCCACGAGUCCUACGGGGUGGCCCAGGCCCAGCAUCCCGCCACCUACGCCGCCGGACCGUCGGUUCCCGUCAGCUUCGCCGGCGGCUCUCAGAUCCGAGGAGCGUCUGCCUUCCAGGCCAUGCAGUACCUGCCCCACCAGCAGCCCGCCUACCCGGUCCACAGUCACUUCACCUCCCAGCCUGGGUACAUCCCGGGUGCCGGAAUCCCCCUCCAGAAGCAGCUGGAGCACGCAAAUCAGCAGUCGGGCUUCACCGACGCGGGCGCCCUGAGGCCGAUGCACCCGCCCGCCAUCCAUCCCUCGGCUCAAGGAUUGCUCCCGGCGCCGUCCAUGGCCGUCCAGAUCCCGGGAGCAAAGGCUGCAUUCCAGAGCUCGCCGCAGGCGGCGCCGCGCCACGGUUUCCUGCCCCACAGCCAGAGCGGCCAGAGGUUUUACCACCACGGCAAGUGAGGCCAGAUUGGAACUUCCGCCUCUCGUUUGAGUUCGCCUGUCAUUU